AUGAACCAGACAAAGGUCACCGGGGAGGAUAAACCCACAGUAAGAGGAGCGGAACCAGUUGGAGCAUCACAGCUUGAUGCUACCAUUAGUGGAACGAAUGAGCAGGAUAAAAAUGUGAACCUGGCUCAAGUGGACGGGAGAAACACAAAGGUCACCGAAGAAGAACUCGUUGAACUGGGACUGGAUGACCUUUCACUGAUCGAUAAAACCGCAGGCGAUGACCUUUGGGCAACUCCAAUGGUCUCAGAUGAAUCGAAUGAAUCAUACUUCACGGAUGAUGAAGCGACGAUGAAUAUGUCCUUCCAGACUGCGAUGAAGGAAGCUGACCGUGUUGAAGGGAUGACACCAUUCAAGGACAUACCCGAGCACCUUAUUGAACGGACACAAAUGGGAAAGGUCAUCAAUGUUAGAUCGCCAUCACCGAACAGUCCCACGUCAACUCUGAAGAGACGCGUAAAGGAGUUGGAAGAGGAACUCGAAGCCAAGGAAGGCCUGGUGACGAAAAGGAAACAGGAAUAUCAAAAUCGGAUAGGAACUCUGGAUGCUCGUAUCUAUGAACUGGAGCAACAACAGGCCGACUUGGAAAGCGCAGCGGAUGAAUGGAAGAUUAAAUACGAGCGUCAAAAAGAACUCGCUGAAGAGUACCUCAAAAUGGUAGAUGACAGAGAAAUGGAAGGUCAUCUCGCGGUUAGCGAGUUGAACGAGAGUAUGUCGGAAGAGUCGGCGGAAAGGUCACGGCACUUAGCCGAAUUGAAGGACGAAUGUGACCAGUUGCGUCAAAAGGUCACUGAAGCUGAAACUAAACGGGACGAGUACGCGACCAAAUUCGCAGAGGUCACACAACGGUUGACAACAUUGGCGACGGAGACGUUCAAACUAAGGAAUGACCUGAAGCUACGGGAGGAAGCAGUCAGUACUCUACAACUAGAAUCAAAAGGUCAUCAGGAACGGGCGGACGAAGCUGAGAAGUUGCGCAAUGAUGCAAUCAAAGCGAUGCGAGAGGCAAGAGACAUCACAGCUACUGAAGGAGAACGCCUGAAAGAAGAAAUCAAAAAGGUCAACCAGGAGAAUGAAAAGGUCAUAGAAGACAUUGAAAAGGUCACUAAGGAAGGACUCAAAUGGCAGAAGGAAGCACGGCGACUGGACACGAUGGUCACAACAUUGGAGUUGGAGGACAAAGAGUGGCAACAACAGGUCGCUCAAAAGAGUCAGGAAAUUGCAAGGUUGAACACUGACCUCGUCGAGAUGACCACCACAGCAUUGGCAAAAGAUGAUGAGUUGAUCGCAAUCAAGGAUCAGCUGAGAUCAGCCGCUGGGCAGUAUCAGCAACUCGAAAAAGAAACGAGUGAGCUGGUCGAGCACAUCAAAAAAAUGGAACGGGAAAAAGAAAAGGUCACCCAGCAGGAGUCUUUUAAACUGCAGGAACACUUACGAAAGGUCAACCUGGAAAAUUCUGAUCUAAAGAGGGAAAGAGAAGAACUUCAACUGAGAACUAAACGAUUGGAAGAUGAGAACAAGGCGCUCCAGACGUCUAACAAGCACAAAGAUGAACAACUCCUACAAUACGGAGUUAAAACGGCAACAGUGGAGUCCCCUCCGCCCAGUUACAGCAAGGUCAAAGACGACAAAGAGCCACCUUCGGAAAGUUACCCGCAUAUGAGUCGAGGUGAACCUUCACAAUUUCCCCCGCACAUCGAAACGAAUGUGUUUAUCGACGAAGGACGACGAGACAGACCCCCCAGCCGGCAGGAACGUCCAAGGAAGUCUCGUUAUGGGAAGGCGCAACGAACUCACGAUGAUGAUGAGAGUAGCGAAGAAGACGAGGACCAGAGAGCAGCCAACACAGCGGUACAAUUAACAAAGGCACUCAAUUCGAUGGCUCGGAAAACACCCCUCAUGACCUUUGACGGCAGCCGCGACACUGUGAGUGGAUGGACACGGUUGGUAAAAGAAACUCAAAGGACGUACCAGCUGACGGACGACCAAAUUAUGAUUGAGAUUGCUAGUGCGGUGAAAGGUCCUGCUAAAACUUGGUUCGAAGGCGAAAAAGACAUCGCAGCAGAAGACAGAAUUGAAUAUUCAAUAACUGAAUGGAUGGAGAAAUUCAAAGAUGAAUAUGGCGAUAGAGACGAAGAAGUCUUAGGCUUACGUGAGGCCUAUGCAAGGAAAUUCGAACUCGGAAAGGAAUCGCUUGAUCAGUAUUACCAGGCGAUGAUGCGAUUCAAAGCAAAACGGAUCAUCACAGAGAAACAAGCAGUGGGUUUCCUAAUUGAAGGAUGUAGAGGGGAUAACGAACUCUACAAAGCAUUGCGCAUACAGAAGUGCAAGACGCCGACGGACGUGAAAGAUUUCUUUCGACAUUGGGCAACGGGAGAGGAAAAGUAUAAGGCGCCGAAAGGUCAACGUAAUCAGGAAUACGUGACCAUCCGCCAAGGUCAAGUUGAAAACGUGCCGCAACAAAGAAUGGCAGCUGCGCCAGCCCAGCAGCCGGUUGAAUACCGCGCAGAGACUCCGGUCACCGAACAGAAAAAGGUCACCGAACAGAAAAAGAACCAGAGGUCAUUGAAAUAUCCUCUGAGGAUAAAAGCGUGACUCCAAUCGAAUGUGAGGAAGAUACCACAGUACAGGAACAGGUUAAACCUGAAGCGAGUCAAAGGACAUUAACUCCAGAAGAACGAGCCGGGAGU